AAUAAACAAGUUGGCCACCGUGAGAUGUAAUUGCGAUCCCUCUGUGCUACUCAACUACAUCCGGAAAAAGGGUAAAGCGGCCCAACUCGUUUCCUGCUCCAAAUCCCCCGCUUCUUCACCUGAUCAUUGCAAAGGAAAAGUCAAAGCGGAUAACAACAAAUCCUGUAAAUCCAAGGCGAAGAAGAAGGAGGAAUCUUCUGCUCCUUCAGAUGAACACGAACCAGAAAACGAUUGUGUUAAGCGUAGUCGCAGGUCGAAAGAGAAGAAACAUGUAUGCGCGCCGCCGCCGCCGGUGGAUGAGGAUAUUUGCAAGGACGAGUUCUGUGCAAUUCACAGAAGAUCGGUGAGUGAUAUGUUUGGAUCCGUGUUUUGGAACCAAAGCGGCAGGAUAGGGGGUAUCCGGGGGUCGAAUUUCGGUGCUCCUCUCCAUUCUUAUUAUCCGCCGCCGUCGCAGCACUUUUAUCCGCCGCCGCAGCAGCAAUCUUAUCCGCCGCCGUCACAGCACUUUUAUCCGCUGGCGCAGCAAUCUUAUCCGCCGCCGCAACAAUCUUAUUUGUCGCCACAAUCUUACUCGCCGCCGCAGCAAUCUUAUCCGGCACCGCAAUCAUGCGGAUACUAUAGCGCUUCCGGUGUGAUGCCAUUGCGUGGAAAUGGGUACUAUCCUGCGUAUAAUCUGAGAGGCGCGCGAGAUGAGAAUCCGGCAGAAGGUUGCAGAACCCAAUGAAUUACUCUCUCCACCCCGAAUUGAAUUGCAAACUUUGAUCGGCACAAGGAUUAAAAAAUGACAAUAAAUGAUGUUUGCUUUUUACAUUUUUGUUCAUCUUUCUAAAAGUAUAUGCCUUUAAGUUAAUGAGAAA